AUCUCCUCUUCUCCUUUACCCCCGCCAUCGUGCGCACUGCGCCUGAUUCGGCUUCUCGCCAUGUCUUCUCACAAGACUUUCAGAAUCAAGCGAUUCCUGGCCAAGAAACAAAAGCAAAAUCGUCCAAUUCCUCAGUGGAUCCGGAUGAAAACUGGUAACAAAAUCAGGUACAACUCUAAGAGAAGACACUGGAGGAGAACGAAGCUGGGUCUGUAAGGAUUUACACAGUGACAAGACUGAGGGUUUAUACUGAACUAUGGUCAUCGGUCAGCCCUACCAGAUGGAUUUCAACAUUUUUAACCUGGAGACUUGCUUGUGUUUAAAUUAGAUGUCUGUCCAGAAAUAAAAUUUAGAACCUUU